UAAAAACUCUCACAAGUAACAAAUGCAUAAACUUGUUUUCAGCCAUUAAUGGCAUGACACCCUAUCUGUGAAGCCACAUUCCUUUCCACCAAAAAAAAAAAAAGGUUCCUUUACGUGAUCGAAACAGAAUGAGGAAAAACAGUAAUCCUGUAGAAUCAGCGCCAGAGUCCAACAACAACAUCAACAUAAUACAUUCAAGAAUUUUAAAGCGACUGAGUCUUGCGGAGCUUUGUUUGGCGGCUGUAGCGUUCUUUUUGGUCACUGUUCUAUUCGUUAGUAGAUUUUUCUACUCCAAUUUCGAAACCCCACUUCCUAAUUCUAACCUUAAUCCCGGUUCAGUUGAUUGGCUGGGAAGCAUUAAAGUGGCGUCAUCUCCGUUGCCGUCGCAGAGUUUUGAGUAUGAAACUCUAAACGUUUCAUCAUCGUCGUUGAGUUUUGAGAAUGAAGGUAUGAACGUUUCAUCAUCGUCGUUGAGUUUUGAGAAUAAUGAAGAAUUGGAAAAGGAGGUGAGCUUUCUUGAUGAAGGUGGAGACGGUUGUGAUAUUUUUGAUGGAAAUUGGGUUUGGGAUGAAACAUAUCCUUUGUAUAAUUCUCCAGAUUGUCCUUUCAUGGAUGGAGGUUUCAGGUGCUCUGAGAAUAGUAGGCCUAAUCAUCAAUACACCAAGUGGCGUUGGCAACCCAAACAUUGCAAUUUGCCCAGAUUUGAUGGAGAGAAGAUGUUAGAAAAGUUAAGGAACAAGAGAGUUGUAUUUGCUGGUGAUUCCAUAGCAAGGAACCAAUGGGAAUCCUUACUCUGCUUACUCUCUAGUGCUGUUUCUAACAAAUCCUCAAUCUAUGAAGUAAACCGGAAUCCCAUUACCAAGCACUCUGGCUACUUGAUUUUCAAGUUUGACCAUUUCAACUGCACUGUGGAGUAUUACAGAUCGCCAUUUCUGGUGUUGUUGGGUCAUCCUCCACCGAAAUCUCCUCCUAAUGUUAAGUACGCUUUAAAAGUUGAUCAAAUGGAUAGGACUGCCAAUCGUUGGAAUCAAGCAGAUUUGCUCAUUCUCAACUCUGGCCGAUGGUGGACUUAUGAGAAAACUUUAAGAACGGGUUGCAACUUCGAAGAAGGGAGAAAAAUGAAGAUGAAUAUGAGUGUUGAAACUGCUUACAAGAAAUCGAUGGAGACAGUUGUGGAUUGGGUCAACACUAAAGUGAACAAGAAAAAGACACUAGUCUAUUUCCGAACCUACUCACCAAGUCAUUUCAGAGGAGGUAGUUGGAAAAAUGGAGGUGGUUGUCACAUGGAAACGUUACCUGAGUUAGGACCACUGACUAGUAAUGAACACUCUUAUGUGAAAAUAGUGUCUGAUGUGUUAUCAGAGAGAAAAAGGAGUUCAAACUUGGAGAUGUUAAAUGUAACAAACAUGUCAAUGAGAAGAAAAGAUGGUCACCCAUCUAUAUAUAACAGCAAGGGUGAUAAGAACAAGUCACCUUCUCAUAUCCAGGACUGCAGCCAUUGGUGCCUCCCUGGCGUGCCUGAUUCAUGGAACGAGCUUCUUUACGCCAUUUUUCUAAAGCGCCAACUGCUCAUUCGGACAUGAAAUUUUUCAUGUGUUUGACCCUAUUUUUUUUUCUUUUUUUACUUUUGCAUAUUACUUAAUUAGGUAGUUUUUAAGAUUAGCCUACAUACGACUCAUUUUUAACACACACCAAUCAUUCUUUACACUUUGGAUCACAUGUGUAUACUCACACACGCAUCAUUCAUUUACUUCGAACUGUGAUUUAGAAGUUAGAAUAAAUUUGAUAAAUUAUGAUUUCAA